AUGGAAGCUAUAGAGAGAAGCCUAUGCAUCUGGUUGUGGGGUUCUAUUGAGUGUGAUUUUAUGUUUAAACCAUCUGAAGGAAGAUCUGGAGGAAUUCUAACAAUCUGGGACAAUAAUGUGCUAUCAGUAAAGAGAAGAAUAAUUAGGGAUCAUGUUCUUUGUGUGGAGGGGGAGUGGGGAACAGAGAAGAAGCCAGUAAACAUCGUGAAUGUGUAUGCCCCGUGUGUUGCAAGUAGAAAACAUGUGCUGUGGAACGAAUUAAAAACCUUGGUUUGGACCAAAAGUGAAGACAGGUGGUGCAUAGCCGGCGACUUUAACACUGUACGGAAUGAAUCGGAAAGGAGAGGAAGCAAUACAAAUUUGAGGAAUAACAAGAUAGAAAAUUUCGACAAGUUCAUCACGGAAGCAAAAUUAAUUGACUUACCUUUACAUGGAAGAAGAUUCACGUGGUCAAGACCAGGAGGAUCAUCGAGGAGUAGAAUCGACAGGUUUCUUAUUUCAGAGGCAUGGAUAAGGGAUUGGUCGGCAAGCUAUCAUAAUUUCGUCAAAGAACAAUGGAGAGAGUUGAAGGUGGAGGGCUGGGGAAUGUUUGUCCUAAAGGAGAAGUUAAAGCAAAUAAAAGAAAGGUUAAAGGAGUGGCAUAAAAAUCAUUCUCAAAACUUAGGAGAAAAAAUUAAGGCUACAAAAUCUGAAUUAAAUAGGCUUGAAGUUAAAGAAGAAUCAAUGGGCCUUGCAGAUGAGGAAAUCAACUCCAAGAGGGAGACAUCAGCAAGUUUGUACAAUUUAUCAAAACUGGAGUGCAGUAUUCAGUGGCAAAAAUCCAGAAGCAAAUGGGUAAAGGAAGGGGAUGCGAACACCAAAUACUUUCAUGGGUGCGUAAAAAAGAGAAGAAGAGAAAACGAAAUUCUCGCUUUGGAGGUUAAUGGUAACAUGCUGAAAGGAGCAGGGGAAUAA